AAAUAUCAACAGUCUCUCCAAAGUGACAGCGGUAAACAAAAAGGGGAGGGGCAAAAACGACAGGCUUUGAGCCCUUUUUAAACACACAUAUACACACCACCACCUAUUCUCAUGACAACCUCAUCGGCAGCUCCAGCCAAGCUUGCUCAGCUUGCCCAGCUGUCCUGCAAGAUCUUCCAGACCGUCUACAAUCCCACAUCGGCACGGACAGGAAACAAAGUGUUGAGGCAGCGAUUGCUCGGAUCGACCUUGACCCAAUACCACCCUGAAAAGCUAGUUCAUUUCCGUGACCUCAAGGCCAUGUUCCCUGAACUUGACCUUGUCAACACUGAGGAGAAUGAGCGCCUUGAAGAAAUUGCCAGAAGAAAGAGACGUGGAAAGGGCGCCCCCAAGAAAGGUCAAGGAAAGCGUGCCUCCAACAAGAAGCGAUAAGUUUGCCAGACUAUACUUUGUGUAUCAUAGAACAUAUGUUGAGGAUAUUAAAGAAAGAAAACAAAAAGAAAAAAAUUCAAAAAUUC